AUGGGCUCCCCACUCGCCGCCGACGACGACUACCAACACGCGGCCCCCGGCCUCGAGCACUCCAACCGAGCCAUCCCCUUCAGCCAGCAGCCCGACGGCUCCGCCUCCGACUCUGCCUCCGUCGCCGUCCAGAGCGAGAUAAAUAGCGUCGGUGGUGAUCACACCGCUUCCCAGUUCUCCACGGGAGGCGCUUCGCUGCAGACGAGUAUAGGCCUCGAUGGCUCCAGCACAGCAACCCUCAGCUCACAGGAUGGGUUGACCGGCUCCAUCAUGAGCACAACGUACAACGCCUACAACCCGACCACGCUCCCAACCGUGACCGGCGCAUCGAGCACAUUUGCGACAUCAGCUUCAGGCCACGGAGCUGUCAAUUCGACCUCUUCGGAUUCGGGUGGCCCGGCGUCAGCAAGCCAGGAUCCGAGCGAAGCAACUCGUCCUGUCAGCGAGCAUCCUCAUCAUGGAGAUGGUCUGUCCGGCGGCGCCCUCGCAGCGGCCAUCAUCCUACCCAUUCUCGCUGCCCUCGCCAUCUUCGCAUUGGCAUUCCUCUGGCUGCGAAGGCGUUCGGGGCAGAAUCGAGAAAGGAGAAGGAGCGGGAGCAGCGGCGGGGUGCCCUUCUUUCCCGCCAUCAAAGAGAAGUGGGGAAGUUUGAGGAGCAGGAGCAGCAAUGAGAGCGGACAAGCGAGUCGAAACCCUGUGGUCAUGACAGAACAGAACAACGCAUACUUUACCGGUCUGGAUACCUCCUCACGCGGCGGGAGCAGUCCACAGGAGGAAGGAGGCAGCGGAGAAUACUACCCCCCGGGACGAAGGUCGGAAGGCGGCACGACGUUCAUUGAAGCGCCGCCGCCAUACAAGAGCAAUUCGCAGAGUCGCGGGCACAGCCAGACGUUGGAGGCGCCGCAGCUGAACGAGCCAAGCGGUCUCGGUGCACCUUUCAGUCUUGAUAUGGCGCAUGCGGAUGCCCUGAAUCCGCCCCAGGCCGUCCAUUCUCGCGAUCCCGUCUCUCCCGUCUCUCCGCUGGAGUCAGGGUUCCUGGCCGCCUCGAACCCCGACGACCGCCCUCAAUCCUCCUCCGCACGAAGCAUAACCUCCACACUCUACUCCGACACCGCCUCCGUCCACUCUGCGCGAGCCGCUCGAAUGAGUGUGGGGCCGAACAUCGUCCAGCCACCCUUGCAGCCCUCUUCGAGAAGAGGCAGCGACGACGACGAAGGGCCCUUUGGCGACGAAGCAAAUAGCCCCGUCACACCGUUGAGCGUCCGAGACCCCGAACGGCCGAAAUGA